AUGGACGAAAACGAUUUCUUUAGACAGACAGUCCAACACUUAGCGAGAUGUCUUUCCUCCUUGAAUCCAACACCUUGGGAAAAGGUGAACACAUUAUUUAUGUUAUGUCCUCAAGUUAGCUCACCAUUUGUGGUAACUCCAAGGAGCCAGGAAGCUAGCAUAGCACUUGGUCUUUACUUCCUUCAGAGUGGAUUGCAACAUCAAGAAAAACUCUUGCCUUAUUUUCUAAAAGUAUUAAAAUGUCUUACAAAUGCACAAUUCCAGGAACCCAUGUGUAGAAUUAAGUCUGGUGAUCGGAUCCCUAUGUCUGAGAAAUUCAGCUUCUGUUUAAAUACACUUCUCUCAGACGUUGCAUCAAAAAACCCAUCUCUACGUGAAGAAAUCAUCACUGCUCAAAUAGAGCUUAUGUCAAAUCUCACUAAAAUUGUAAUCACGUGUUUUGAAAGUAAAGAUUACAAUAAUACAUCAAAACUUCAGUUAUGUAAGAGUACAGUGCCAAUUCUUGUAGGACUUGCAAGGUCUAUGGGUAGAUAUCCAACUGUUGAACCAUCUUUACUAUGCAGAUUAUUCCCGCAACCUAGCAGUCCAGUUCGGUCUAAAGAACCAGAACCUAACUUUGAAUAUGCUACAUUAGAUAAGAAGAGACGGUUUAACCAAUUCCGACCAAUUAUUCCUCGAUCAUUAUCUGGAAAUUUAAAUCCAAAUACAGAGACAAUAAUAGAAAAUGGUUCAGAUACUGUUGACAGUGGUCGUGGGACUCUAAAGAGAAGUUCCUUACAAAGCUAUCACUCAGUACCUUAUGACCCUACUACAUAUUUCUUUCAUAAGUUUGGAUCUAGUUUUAACCAGUUUCCAUACAUGAGAUUUCCUGAAUCUCCAGAAAAGAGGAUUGGUGUUCCAUUUUAUGUAACAUAUCUACAGUCAAUUUUAUCAUUAGCAAAGAAAUUGUUGACAAGAGAUUUAUUAGCAUUUUUGGAUGAGGAGGCAGAAGAUAUUCAUGCAUCGGGACAAAUUCAAGUAUUUCCAUACAAGUCAUUUUCUGAAACAUUAAAUCUAGUCAUGGUAACAUUGCUACGUGAUAUUUUACAAAACCAAAAAGACCUACCAGGACCAUUUACAAAGGAUGUACAGGAAUUUGUUAAAUGUUUGUUCCUAAGUGGUCAAACAGAGUUACAGAGUAGGCACCAUGAUGCUUCUGAGAAGGAGGAUAGAGAAACAAACUUUGCUACAGUGAAUAAGUUUAAAGUCAAUGUUAUGGCUAAUUCAGCCUGUGUUGAUCUCUUAGUAUGGGCUAUUGGAGACGAGACAGUGGAUGACGACUAUGACGUGCCAGCCCUUAUAAAUGCUCUUACAAUAUUAAUAGGAGCGGAUUCACUUUGUGGGCGAUUGACAGAAAAAAUUAAUUCCAAUCAUAAUCAUAAAUUAAUCUUGGCUCAUAUGCCAUUGCUCAUGGUUUGCUUAGAGGGUCUCGGUAAAUUGGCAACAAAAUUCCCAACUAUAGCUAAUACUUCAAUUUAUUGUCUCCGAGAUUUUCUCGUCACUCCAUCUCCCAUACUGUUUAAACUCCACAAGCUAGAACUAGAGAGAUCUGGGAAAGAUCAUAUAAAAGUUCAAACCAAAGAACCCGGAGUAACAGAUACGGGUGCACCCACAAAGUCAACUCCCUUCGAGAAGCUUCGAGAUGCAGCCAUAGAGAAUCUGUGUGUUGCCCUGGAUGCUGCAUUAUCUGUGGAUCCAUAUUGUGUUCCCGCGCUUGUUGGUUCUGUCAGUAAUAGACUGUUUACUGCUGAAACCAGUGAUAGUGAAUCCUCGUUAAUCAGCACAAAUAUUGUGAUUAUGCUGGGCCAUGUAGCCGUUGCGUUAAAAGAUACACCAAAAACUACAGAAACAAUAUUACAAUUCUUUCAACAACGGUUAUGCCGAUCACCGUCUUCCUUGGACACGUUAAUAGUGGACCAGCUCGGGUGUAUGGCCCUUGCGAGUCCCGAAGGUCCAGCACACGAUGAAAUCAUGCGAAUGUUCACCGUUAUCACGGUGGAGGCAGCCAGCGCUUCUUACCAGCAUACUGAUGACAGGAAACAGUACCGACAUGUGUCCGGUGCGGUUUUAAACGCUCUUGCGAAUAUAGCAGCAAAUGUAAGAGGAACAAACGCUCGACAUGAACUAUUGAUACGUCUAUUGGAAUUGUUCGUUCAACUUGGCCUUGGAGGAGAAAGGGCUACGGAUCGUUCUCCAGCGCCGGUUUUAAAAGCGUCAGGAAGUGCGGGAAAUUUGGGUGUGCUUAUUCCAGUUAUAGCGGUUCUAGUCAAACGAUUGCCGCCGAUAAGAAACCCAAAACCUCGAUUGCAUAAACUUUUCAAAGACUUUUGGCUAUACUGCGUAGUAAUGGGAUUUACAGCAGCUGAAUCAGGUCUAUGGCCGCAAGAAUGGUAUGCGGGAGUAAAAGAGAUAGCGGUCAAAUCACCUUACCUUGUCUCACAAACGUCUUUGCGUUCCGAAAUGCGAACGUAUCAAUACACGUCAGCUGUCAGAAAUGACUCGGUGUCAAUAAAUGAGUUGCAAGAAUUGAAAACGCAGAUUUUGAAUCUGUUAGAUCAUCAACCGGAUGUUACAGUGAUUGUUAAUAAGUUGACGUUUGCGCCGUGUAUGUAUCUACUCAGCGUAUAUUGGCUGGAAUCCUUAAGGGUGUCCAAUUCACCAGAACCAAGUUUACAACCAAUUAUUGAGUAUUUGAGUGAUACAGCGCUACAGAAAGAAAAGAGCGGUAUGUGGCAAUGUGUUGCCAGCGUUGGUGAUAAAGUAUUUCAGAAAUUCUUGGAUGUAAUGUCGGCAAAGGUUAAAGAUGAAUCUCGAGAAAGAGAGCUGGAGUUGCACGCGCAAUUUUUGCUAGUCAACUUCAAUCACAUUCAUAAACAAAUAAGGAGAGUCGCUGAUAAGUGGUUGGCUGGACUUGUUGAUAGAUUUCCACAUCUUUUAUGGAAUUGUCGGGUACUUUGGUCGAUGUUAGAUAUAUUACAAGUACUGAGCUUCAGUUUGGACCUGGAUGAGAAUCAAGAGACGCCGCUACUUAAAGUACCCGAUACUGACUUCACUUUGCAACUCCAAGAUACGCUGGAAGGGAGAGAGAGUAUCGUAAAAGACUUCGCGGACAGAUGUCACGGGAUCGUACAAGAGGCUAUGAAAUGGGCGCCGCAGUCCACGAGGUCACAUUUGCAGGAAUAUUUGAAUCAGGUUCCCAAUUCGACCCUCUGGCAUCACUGCGGACUAGCCCUUGCAAUAAAUGCUUUACUAGGCGCAGCCGGUCUAAAUAGAAUGUCAGCCCCCCUACCACGAGCGGCGUUAGACAAACGACCGCCCUGUGUCACGCAGGAUUCGGCAGCAUUACUCGCUGUUGUGUCGCAACGGAGCCGCUAUGUUGGAGAGGUUGCGGGUUCAGUGUCAGCGGAAGGAGGUGGGGAAGCGGCCUUAUGGCGCGUUGGGAGUCGAUUACUCACAACAUUGAAGGAAGCCUGUUCUAGUGGCAGUGAAACAGCCCACAGGAUCGCUCUGUGGCGCUGCACGGCCCUUCUCGUACACGCAACGACGUUCUCUACGGGCGCUAGUUCUGCGUCGUCGACGGCCCGGGCUUUAUUGCAUAGUGUUGCCUGGUCACAAGUGGACAUCUUCACGGAAGAUGCAGUGACGUCAGCAGUGGAGUGUUGGCAAUGGCUGACCACGUCCAGACCGGAUUUAGAGUUGAGGCUUAUGCAGGAAAUAUUCGCGGCUUGGCAAAGCACCGUUGAUAGAAAAAUGGGUCUCUUUUCGAAGCAAAUUACGGAGAUCAGUCCACUUGCAGCCUAUGAAGGUGCCAAAUUAGAACCACGUCCACCAUUCGUAGCUCCGCAUGCAGUGUGGGUGCGGUACUUGUGUGAAGUGGCAGAAACGGCUAAAUACAACAGUCUGGAAAAAGUGGAGAUGCUAGCCAGUCUUUUGCAUAGAACUCUACCAAUUACAGUGGGUGAUGUGCGUGAUCACAUAAAUAGACAUGUCGAUGCCGUUGGAGUACGAUUCAAACUUCUAUCUUGCGGUCUGUCCCUACUGCAAGGUGAUAUUCUGCCUCGAUCUCUUGCCCGGAAUAUCCUAAGGGAAAGAGUUUAUAGCGCAUGCCUCGAUUACUUUUGUCGAGGCCUCCAAUGCCCUUCGAAAGGUUCCAGGGAGUUAAGAGAAGACAUCAUUUCUCUUAUUAAAUUCUGGCAACUGAUGCAUUCCGACAAGAAAUACUUGAAGAGCAGUGAUAUUGGAGCUGACUUUGAACUUAUGCAUGGACCAAGCAACCAGAGCCUCUAUACAUCAAAUUCGCCCACAGACAACAGAUCUUCAGUGAACAGUAGUGAUAUUGGAAAUCGACAGACAACUGGCUGGAUAAACACUGUUCCGAUGUCGACAACGACAUUGAGUAGUGGUGCGGGCAGCAUCGCUGGAAAAAGGUCCAAUAGAAGUGUAAAGCCGCCAGCGAAGUCGCAAGAUCCCUUCGUGAAAGAUUAUGUUCGAAAACGGAACCUUAUCCUGGAGUUAAUGGCAGUAGAAAUCGAGUUCCUAGUGACAUGGCAUAAUCCUCACAGUCGACCCGAGCAAGCGAUUCCGGGUGAGGAUAAUAUAACAACGUGGAGAUCUAAGCCCAAUACAGAACGGACGUGGAGGGAUUACACGAAAUUGGCUUGGGAAAUUAGUCCAACUUUAGCUGUGUUCUUACCUGAAAGGUUGAAAAACGACAGUAUAGUCUCAGAGAUAAAGCGUAAAGUCCAGUCACAUCCAACGUCGGUGUGCCACGUGCCUCAAGCUCUUAAAUAUCUCGUCACUACUGAAACUCUACUCAAUGAUGCGCAUGAGCUCGUACAUAUGGUGACCUGGGCGCGAGUAAGUCCUGUUGAGGCUCUAUCAUACUUCAGCCGUCAAUAUCCACCUCAUCCGUUAUCUGCUCAGGCGGCCGUGUCCACACUUACGUCCUACCCGUCUUCGGCAGUACUGCUGUAUAUACCUCAGUUAGUACAGGCAUUACGUCAUGAUACUAUGGGUUAUGUGUCGGAACUAAUAAAAUCAUUGGCAAAGAAAUCUCAAGUUGUCGCUCAUCAACUUAUAUGGAAUAUGCACACGAAUAUGUACACUGAUGAAGAAAUGCAUAAUAAAGACACCGCAUUGUACGACAUAUUAGAAGCGUUAACCAAGAGCAUAGUGGAUGGUCUCUCUGGACCGGCUAAAGCAUUCCAUGAAAGGGAGUUUGAUUUCUUUAGUCAAAUAACAAAUAUUAGUGGAAUCAUACGACCUUAUCCAAAAGGAGCUGAGAGAAAAGCGGCGUGUUUGGAGGCCCUUAAGAAUGUUAAGGUUCAACCCGGAUGUUAUCUGCCAUCAAACCCCGACUCUAUGGUCAUUGACAUAGACUAUAAAAGCGGUACCCCUAUGCAAAGUGCGGCUAAAGCUCCGUACUUAGCGCGGUUCAGAGUAAGAAAGUAUGGAAUAUCCGAGAUGGAAACUGUUGCUAUGGCCAUCGCCUCUGGGGAGGACCCACCCACUGAGGAAGGCAAAGACAGGUACACAUCAAUAGCUCAGGAGACGUGGCAAGCGGCUAUAUUCAAAGUGGGCGACGAUGUACGACAAGACAUGCUCGCACUGCAAGUUAUAUCUCUAUUCAAGAAUAUCUUCCAACAAGUGGGGAUAAAUCUCUAUCUGUUUCCUUAUAAAGUUGUUGCCACUGCGCCUGGGUGUGGUGUGAUUGAAUGUGUGCCAAAUGCAAGAUCUAGAGAUCAAUUAGGUAGACAGACAGACAUCGGGAUGUAUGAAUACUUUAUUGCUACAUACGGCGAUGAGACUACUAGAGAAUUUCAGGCGGCACGGCGUUGCUUUGUGACUUCAAUGGCGGCGUACAGCGUGAUAGGUUUUCUCUUGCAGAUCAAAGAUCGACACAACGGUAAUAUCAUGUUGGACACCGACGGUCAUAUUAUACAUAUCGAUUUCGGCUUCAUGUUUGAAUCAUCACCAGGUGGAAAUCUAGGCUUUGAGCCAGAUAUUAAAUUGACAGAUGAAAUGGUUAUGGUGAUGGGUGGGAAAAUGGAAGCACCUGCCUUCCGGUGGUUCUGCGAGCUUUGUGUUCAAGCGUUCCUUGCUGUUAGGCCAUACCAAGAAGCAAUAAUAUCUAUGGUAUCGCUAAUGCUAGAUACAGGGUUACCAUGCUUCAGAGGUCAAACUAUUCGCCAACUACGAUCUCGCUUUGCGCCAAAUUCUACAGAGAAAGAGGCGGCCGCAUACAUGCAAUCAGUUAUAAGAAACUCCUUCCUUAACUUUAGGACGCGAACAUACGACAUGAUUCAGUAUUACCAAAACCAAAUUCCUUAUUAA